GGAUUUAUUUGAAUAUCUAACGACGUGGUGGUGUUGGCAAGUUUAUUUUGAGUGCUGUACUAGUUUGUACAUCAUUUUAUGAAAAUGAGCAGAGGCCAAUAAAUCGGCCGACAAAAGAUACAACGUAUCAUACAAUAUCGCCUUUUGAUCCUACGAUCGAGUAGACAAAAUAAUCAACUUUUAAAGUUAUGCUUGAUAACCUCAAAUUUCUUUACUCAUGAGCAACAAAACAAGCGGCGGAGGUGACUUGGAUCCGGUCCAAGAAGAACUUGCUGGUCGGGUUCGUGAAGUCGGUAAUCAGGCAAUAUGGAGUUUAUCUUCUUGCAAACCAGGGUUUGGUGUGGAUCAGCUACGAGACGAUAUAACAGAGACGUAUUGGCAGUCAGAUGGCCAAUUACCUCAUUUGGUCAAUAUUCAAUUUAGGAGAAAAACAACCAUCAGAGAUAUAUGCAUAUACACGGAUUAUAAACUCGAUGAGAGCUACACACCGAGCAGAAUAAGCGUGAGAGCAGGAACCAACUUCAACGAUCUUCAAGAAGUAGAAGUCAUGGACCUCAACGAGCCCAGUGGCUGGGUGGUCAUUCCAAUUAAAGAUAUUAAUGACAGACCUAUAAGAACGUUUAUGAUUCAAAUCGCAGUGAUAACGAAUCAUCAAAAUGGUCGAGAUACACAUAUGAGACAAAUCAAGGUGCACAGUCCAGCACAAGAUAUACUUGGACCUCCAGCUCCUCAUAUACCGGGUCAGUUUUCUACAAAUGAGUUUCAGCGAUACGCAACGAUCAGAUGAAUUACUCAUUUAUUUAUUAAGAUCUGUUUAUAAAUAAUCAUGAAAUAUAUGAAUACUAUUUUAUAUACCUAUAUGUCAUAUUUAUUUAUCUUGCUGAAGAAAGUGUUUCAUACUGUAACAGGCUGACUGGAGAUGC